AACGUCAGUCAGGUUAGUUUGUUUGGUUUAUUCGUUCUAGAAUUUGGUUUGUAACCUGUACUCUCCUCAAAUCAGUGAAAUUUGUUCUCCCCUGCCCGUGGAUUAGCUAGCACACAUUGCGUUAGUGAACCACAUUAAAUUUGUGUUCGCUUGUGUUGAUCUUGAUUGUCGAUUGCACGUUUCUGUUCUGACAAGUGGAAUCAGAGCCUGGUUGAUCUUUGGGCUAUUUGAAUUUGUCUUUGCGGAUUUUGGGAUCGGUGUUGGAUGCGGUUUUGGGAAAUCAGCAUACAAAUUAGCGCAAUCCGCUUUGCUUAGAAGUCCGCUUCGGCCGUUCUCGACAGCUCUUCUCUCGAUCGAAAGUUUGGUUUCGAACUAGUGAUUGAGUUGACUCCGUCUCCAUAAUUCUUUUUUUGGAGCUUUGUCUGCUAAUGAACUUGGAAUCUCGACAUUGAUUGGUGGGAAUUAAAAGUUGGCACUCAACUUUUAUAUCAAGGCUCUCGUUAGUAUUUUUUUGGGGGACAUUGGAAAUCGCAUUAGUUUGAAAUUAUUUGGUGUAUUUGUUGAGAAGAGAAUUUGGGAAUUUGGAAUUUGCGGCAGGGAGCUGGUUGGCGGACCAAUUGGAAUUCGAAAGCAAUUACUUGAAUUUAUAGUGUUCGGUAAUAGCUUGUGGUUCGGGGAGAAUUAUGUUUGUUAUCCUUGGUGGUGAUUAGGGUUUUCGAUCACCAAGGAUGUUUGUUAUGGAUUUGAAGAUUGAGAAAUCAAUUUGGAGCUGCAGGUUUGAAGUUAGAGUUAUAAAUGAUGUUGGUGUUAUGGACGAAAAUACACCAAGCUGAUUCUGCAUGGCAAGUCCCAACAUGAGUUGGACUUGCUGCAUGUUUUUAUUUGUUAACAGCCCUUAGGGGCAUUUGGAGGCAGGGGAGAUUCUGGUACAGCUGUUUGGAGGAGUUUGGUACGUCUGCCAAUUUUGAUUGCAUCUGAGUUUGGCGAUUUGCAUCGCGUUUGAGUUUGGCGGUUUCGAUCGCAUUUGGAUACGUCUGGCGAUAUGUAUCACGGUUGGGUACAUUUGGCAACUUUGGUUGCGUCUGGUACAUUUGGUAUUUGAGAGAGAAUUCAAGUCAAGGUGGAGAUUGUUAGAAUAUGACUUGAAUUUGAUUUGGAUUUGUUUUGUGUUUGGGCCUAUUUUGUUUGGGUUUGUGUUUGGGUUUUGUUUGACCUUUUCCUUGUAUGUAUGAGAAAAAGUGUUUGGUUUUUUGUUUGGGAUUAGGAGAAGAGUUCUAUAAAUACUUUUCAUCACCCUAGUCUGUAGUAAGGUCAGUCAUGUUAGUUUGUUUGGUUUGUAACAUGUACUCUCCUCAAAUCAGUGAAAUUUGUUCUCCCCUGCCCGUGGAUUAGCUAGCACACAUUGUGUUAGUAAACCACGUUAAAUUUGUGUUCGCUUGUGUUGAUCUUGAUUGUUGAUUGCACGCUUCUGUUCUGACAGAUACAUUAUGAAAGAUUUAGUUAAUUAGUAGCAUUUUAAUAGAUUUAGAUAAUAUAAAGAAUCUGAAAAAGUUUUGAAUAAAAAAUAUACAUUACCCUAAUAUAAACAUCUACACAUUCAUAUCCAUAUCCAACAAAUACAUCAACAUUUAAUUUACAAAUUCAAAAAACAAAUAAAAAAAUUGAUAAUUGAAUUAAAAAAAACAUAAUUUUGUUUAGAGAUCUGAAAUAAAUCAUACCGGAAGAAUUUCGUUUAAUUUUAUAACCGAUACUGGUUCAACACUGUAAUACCGGCCGAGAGGCCAUUGGUUUGACAACCAUUCUAACCGGUCGAAACUUGAGCAGUUGAGCUGGACUGAAGCUCUGGAAGCGAGUUUAAGCUAAAGCAGCAGCGCCACUGAGCAUCGUGAUACUGAAGCUAUGGCUGCCGCAGCCUCGUUAAUUUCCCGGCAAGCCCCUUCUUCUCCUCUUCCUUUGUUCCCCGCUAAUCCUCGUUAUCCGAAGUCUCCCGCUUCCCAAUUCUCCAUUGUUACCAAACCAUUGCGGCCGCCCUUCUCCCUGUUCUGCGCACCUCCGCCGUCCGCUUCUCACCCUUAUCCGGCAAUCUUCCUUCCAUUUCUCGAAGAAGAAGAAGCCGCCGCAGCAGCAGCGGAAUUAGACCAACCUGAUGAAGAUGCCGACGAGGAGGCGGAGGAAGAAGAAGAGAAAAAUCAGCUGGACCUCUCCGACCCAAUCGUUCGAUUCUUCAAGUCCCGCCCUCCCACCAAAGACCCACCUGUCCCCGGCCGAUUCACUCUUCAGAGCAACCGCCGCACCCAGUGGCGUCUCGCCCCGGACUUCGACUCCGACGACGAUGAAGACCCCGAAACCGCCUCCACCGUGGGAGAAACGCAGCCGGUGGGCGGUACUAGUAGUUGCUCCGAUUCAAGUCCUUUACCGGAGGGAAUCGUCGGAGAAAUACUGCGAAUUGCGAGGAGUUUGCCGGUGAACACGACGCUGGGGGAGCAAUUGGAUGGAUACCAGGACAAAAUCAGCGAGAAGCAGAGCGAGGAGCUAUUGCAGCUACUGAGCGAAGAGGAAGGCAUGGUGAUGAGUUGCUUGUACUUCUUCGAGUGGAUGGGUUUGCAAGAGCCGUCCCUCGUCACCCCUCGUGCUUUCACUAUUCUCUUCCCUCUUUUAGGAAGAGCUGCCAUGGCUGACAGAUUGAUGAUCCUCUUCAAUAACUUGCCUCAAACCAAACCAUUCAGAGACGUCCAUGUUUACAAUUCUGCCAUUUCCGGGCUUCUCUGCUGCGGCAGGUAUGAUGAUGCUUGCAAGGUGUUUGAGAAAAUGGAAGUAAAUAACAUCCGACCUGAUCACAUCACUUGCUCGAUAAUGAUCACGAUAAUGAGAAAAAGAGGGUGUAGUUCCAAGGAAGCAUGGGGUUUCUUUCAGAAAAUGAACAGGAAAGGAGUGAAAUGGAGUACAGAAGUUCUCGGCGCUCUAAUAAAAUCUUUCUGCGAUGAAGGUCUGAAGGAGGAAGCUCUCAUCAUACAAUCACAGAUGGAGAAGAAAGGAGUUCCUUCCAACGCAAUUGUGUACAACACGUUGAUGGAUGCUUAUGCUAAAUCCAACCAAGUCGAAGAAGCUGAAGGCCUCUUAGCCGAGAUGAAAGCCAAAGGUGUUAAGCCGACUUCUGCCAGUUUUAACGUUCUAAUGGAUGCAUACAGCCGAAGAAUGCAGCCUGACAUUGUUGAAAACUUACUGCAAGAGAUGCAGGACGAGGGUUUAAAGCCCGAUGCUAAAUCGUUCACAUGCCUAAUUAGCGCGUACGGGAGGCAGAAGAAGAUGAGUGAUGUGGCUGCAGAUGCAUUUCUCAGAAUGAAGAAAUUCGGCAUUAAACCCACUUCGCAUUCUUACACAGCUCUCAUCCAUGCAUAUUCAGUCAGCGGCUGGCACGAGAAAGCUUACACCGCGUUUGAGAACAUGCGGAGCGAAGGAGUGAAACCUGCUGUAGAGACUUACACGGCCUUAUUGGAUGCGUUUAGACGUGCUGGCGACACUGAAACCUUGAUGAAGAUCUGGAAACAAAUGAGGAGUGACAAAGUGCAAGGGACGCGGGUCACAUUCAACAUUGUUCUCGACGGCUUUGCAAAACAGGGCUGCUAUCUGGAAGCGAGGGAUGUAAUUCAUGAAUUCGGGAAGCUGGGAUUCACACCAACGGUGAUGACCUACAACAUGCUGAUGAAUGCGUAUGCACGAGGCGGGCAGCACUCGAAGCUGCCACAACUGUUGAAGGAUAUGUCGGCUCUUAAUCUGAAGCCUGAUUCAGUUACAUACUUGACUAUGAUAUAUGCGUACGUUCGAGUGCGUGAUUUCAAGAGGGCUUUCUUCUACCACAAGCAAAUGGUGAAGAGUGGUCAGUUGCCUGCUGACAACAAGUCGUAUCAGAAGCUUAGGAGGAUAUUGGAUGUGAAAGCUGCGAUAAAGAAUAGGAAGGAUCGAAGUGCUAUCCUUGGUAUAAUUAAUAGCACGGUUGGUUUGAAGCCUAAGAAGAAAAGGAAGAAGGAUGAGUUUUGGAAGACCAAAAGAAAGCAUCCUCUUGAUCGAAAUCCACGGAUGGAUUGAACUUUGAACUUCUUGUGAUACUUUGAAAUUCUGUAGCAUUGCAUGAAGCUGUACGAAAAUGGACAAGCCACAUUAUCCAAGUUGUUUUGAGCUUCAGAUAGAAACUGCCGUAAGGACGAACAAUUGGAGAAUGAACAUCAGUGAUUGAUACAACAUUACCACUACCAGCAGCGCGAUGUAACUACAGUUCCAAAAUGCCUUCAACCUGGUUUUGUAGUCCGAUCACUGGAAAUCUUUAAAAGAGCGUCGUUUGAUUCUGAAUAGCCUCCCAUGCAUCAUCAUCUUCUUCGGUGUAUCCCAUUCGAGCACUAUGUAAUCGUACCAUUAGGAGAAAUACACCCAGGUUACUACUACUUCAUUUUAUUAAUCUAUAACUAGGGGUGUCAGUUCGGGUUGGGUUCGGUUACCCAAACCGAAACCCGAAAAAACCCGAAACAGAAAAUCACUAAAACCGAACCCGAACCCGAUAAGGAUUUGCAGGUUCCGGUUACCCGAAACCCGAAAAUUACUUAUCGGGUUCGGGUUUGGUUAAAGCAAAACCGAAACCCGAAAACCUGAACGCCUAAAAAUACGGGCUGAGUUCUAUUCAUUGGAGGUUUUUAGCCGGAACCUAAAAAACCGAUAAGCAAAAC